AUGUGGAGCACAUCGAUAAUGGGCCCUUUUGGUGCCCACUUGACCCGCCCUCCUUUUCUACAGCUUACUGACAACACUGCCAAAAUGUCCUCUGUCAAGAUUGUUAAGAAGUACACCAAGAAGUUCAAGAGACAUCACUCUGACAGAUACAAGAGAGUUGCCGAGAACUGGAGAAAGCAGAAGGGUAUCGACUCGUGUGUCAGAAGAAGAUUCAGAGGCACCAUCCGUCAGCCAAACAUUGGUUACGGUUCCAACAAGAAGACCAAGUACUUGAACCCAUCUGGUUACAAGGUUUACUUGGUUAGAAACACUCAGGACUUGGAUGCCUUGUUGAUGCACAACAAGACCCACGCUGCUGAGAUUGCCCACAACGUCUCUUCCAAGAACAGAGUCGAGAUUGUCACCAAGGCCAAGUCUUUGGGUGUCAAGGUCACCAACCCCAAGGGUAGAGUUGCUUUGGAGGCCUAA